AUGUCCGAGCAUAACAUUCCUACUCUUAUCAAUCAAUAUAUUGCAUCUGUUGGUAGUGAUAGUGAUACCACUUCAUUAUACGUUGACGAAUUGGUUCAGUUAAUUGAAUCAGAUCAAUUGACAUUAUUACAAUUCAUUUCUAAUUUGGGACCAACUUUAACUUCUGAUUUAGAUUUAAUUAGAUCUAAAGGAAUCCAAUGUUUGAAUUCUACAUUAAGUAAGGUUAAUCGAGGGAAAUUAUCAAAGCAGGAUAUUAAUGUUUUGAUUGAAUUCUUGUUGAAUAAAUUUGAUGACAAAUUAAGUUUGCAAUAUACUUUAAAUACUAUAAGUAUAUUGAUUAGUAUGAACAAUUUUAUUGCCAGUGUGAAUUUAUUAAAAAUCUUGAAUCAUUUAUUAGACAAGUAUGACCCAAAGAAGAAUUUAGCUAAAGUGAGAUAUGAAUCUUUUCAAAUUUUGAACAAUUUAUUAUCUAAUCCAACAUUCUUAUUAUCAAGACAGUCAGUUUGCGAGAAAUUCACUCAAACUUUCAUUCAUUUAGCAAGUGGUGAAAAGGAUCCAAGAAACUUAUUAAUAUCUUUCCAAUUGAAUCAAUCCAUAAAUACUCAGUUUCAAUUCGAGACUUCCAAUGAAUUACACAAACAAUUCAUCGAUGAUUUGUUCGAUGUUUGCUUCUGCUAUUUUCCAAUCUCAUUCAAGCCACCUCCUAAUGAUCCUUAUAAGAUCACUGCUGAUGACUUGAAGCAGGGCUUACGAAACACUAUUGCUUCUCAAUCGUUAUUUGCUCUGGAAUCAAUCCCAGCCCUAAUUGAAAAAUUGUCUUCCACCAACAAUGUGAUCAGAUGUGACGUUCUAACCACGUUGGAAGCUGUAGUAGAUUCAUAUACCCGGGAAACAAUUGAGCAAUAUUGGCUUACUCUUUGGGAUGCCUUGAAGUUUGAGAUUUUGCAUAGUACUGAAAUUUCUUCAGUAAUCAAACUGACUGACUCAAGUAUAAUUCCAGAGGAUGUUGAAAUGAUAGAUGAUAAUGAUGGAAAUAAACCUUUGAUUCUAACUUUGAUGGUUAUUGAGAAGAUUCACACAAAGGUUAAUUCCGAAACAAUGUUGCAGACAAUUAUAGACGAAUUAAAACCAAAUAUUAUGGAAUUAAAAUCGAAAUCUAAACAAUCAAUCAUUAUCUUGAGUCAACUUGCAAGUUUAUCAAUUAAGAAUUUCAAUGCCGUGGUUUGUUUCUUGUUCCAAUACGAAAUAUGGGGAAAAUAUUUUAAUGUUGAACCCGUCCAUGAUAUUGAGGAGCCGGUUGAACUUGAUAUUAAUGAUGAUAUUGUAUUGAAUAUAGACAAGCAGUGUGAUUUGAUUGAUGAUUUAGGGUAUUUAUUAAUUGGCUAUCAAGUAUUGGGUACACAUGAGAAUAACAAGUUGGUCGAAUACAAGGAUCAUUUAUUGAUCUUUUUAGGACAGAUAUUGAUCAAUUCUACCAACAGCUCAUUGCAGUGCAAGUCUAUCCAACAAUUGACCAAAUUGAUUGAACUAGCCGAUUUCUUACAGAAAGAGGAGAUUAAAUUAGUAUUGGGAUAUUUUGAACAAAUCUUUAUCACUCGUAUUGAGCAAGAUACUGAUGAUGUUGUGUUACAUGAAUGUAUGAAUGGCUUGGUUACAAUCUUGCAUGAUGAUCUGAUUGUUCGCUCGUUCACAAUUGAAUUAAUAAUAAUCCCCAUCUUGGGCUAUUUACAACCGGAAACAUCCGUUGAAAAGUUCAAACAAGUCACGUCCAUUCUUGAACAAUUGUGCAUUAGCGGAGAAAUCCUCGAGUUUUUAUCCAUAAAAUUAUUGAAUAAAUUAUUGGUACUUAAGGGACAAGUUGAUAAGGUCCAGAAUAUACUUGACGUCUUGAUUAAAUUAAUUGAAACUAUUGAAGGUCACUCACAAUUCUUGACUAAUUCGUGGUAUAAAAAUUUCUUGCCCCAAUUUACCCAGCAUAUCUUACCAAUUAUAUUAUCCAACCAAACUGAUUAUAUAUUGAUUGAAUCUAUGGGUGAUUUAAUCGGUCUAAUAAUUCGCUUCGUAGAUGUUUCAAGACAUCAAGAGAUCUUGAAUGUCAUGCUGGUAGCUUUUUUGACAAAUGAUAAGAAUGAUUUGGGAAUUGAUGAGAAUUUGUUAAAGGCAGGUUGUGUUUAUGCUUCUGUGUUCAAUAAGAUUUUGGCUAAUUUGGAUAAGAAAUGUUUAUUUGAAAACGUUGACUUCAUUAUUGAAAAUAUUAUUGAGGUGGUGUAUAAACUCGAGAAUCCAUAUUUGCGUGUGCAAUAUUUACAAGCAUUAUCUUUGUUGGUUAACAAGUUUACUAAUGACAACUUCCAAGAGUUAUUGGAAGAGAAGUUGAAAGAAUUUACGUCUGGGAAUUUGAUUUCUUUUGAAAUUUUUAUAUGGAUGCUAAAAGGUUUGUUACUUAAAUUGAACCCGGUGGGUCUUCAAUUCUACAAUAAGCUUAUUGAAUUAUUCAUAAAAGAUCCAAAGAAAAUCAUUGCCAAAUCAUUGCAGGCUCUAUUCAUUGAUUUGAAAAUAUAUACCAAUUCGACAAUGAAACCAAUAUCAAAGGUUAAAAAUCUAAAUGUCAAAUUGUUAUACAAGCAGCAAUUAUUUGAGAUUAUAUUACCAUAUUUACAAAACGAUGAAUCAAACGAGAUUUAUCUUUAUGCAUUAUCAUUGAUUAUCGAGAACCUUUCCUCAAAGAUUUUGUUGGGACAUUUGGAUUCAAUCUUGCCAUUAACUAUCACCAGUUUAAAAUUAUCUAAACCCAGUCCAAUUAUUUUGAAAUCCUCAUUGCUGACGUUGAAUAUUAUCUUGAACAGUAACAAGACAUUAGUGGAGAGUAACGUACCUGAGUUGAUUCCUAUUCUAGUUAACUUAUCACAAUCAAAUACAGAAGACGUUAGAAUAUUAGCCUUGAAGAACUUAAUAUCCAUAUUCACUCAGAUCGACGACUCUGUCAAGUUUAAGUCAAAAGUUAUAAGUGAAUUAUCACCUUGCUUGGAUGAUAAGAAGAGACAAGUUAGAAAAUUGGCCAUUGACUUAAGGCAAAUAUUAUAUGAAUUGAAAUAG